CUGACAGGCUCCUCCCACAAUCAGCUUCAUAUGUUUGGCAACAACAAGGAUGACUUGCUUGUAUAACCGCAACAUCUAGCCCAUUAUCGAUUUUAUUUAGACUUUAAAACAAACAUUCGCCUUUUUAACUGAGAGGACGCUGAGCUCCGAUCCCUUUUGCCCCAUCAACGCCCGCUGGUCAGCAUGUCGGUCGGUUUCCGCUGCUGUGCGCUAAUCCCAUGGAUGGUCCUGGCCGCCGUGCUGGGUUCGGUGCUCAGUUUGGGAGAAGAUCUCGACCGGCCUCUGUUCGGGCCCCCGGGAUCUCCCAUUGGAGUUCAUGAGUCCGACCCAGGCUUGAAGAAGGUGAUGCUUUUCGCAGAGGAGCGAUACAACCGGGGCUCCAACGCCAUGCACCUCCGCAAAAUCAGCCGGUUUGUCUCCGCCACCAAACAGCUGGUUAAAGGAAUCCGUUACACCAUAACAGUGGAGCUGAGCAACACCCUCUGUAAGAAAUCCGCCAUGGUGAGGACAUGUGACUUCUAUCCAGAGACUCAGAAGCUGAAGACUGAGGUGUGUGUGUUUGAAGUGUGGGACAUCCCCUGGCAGGGCACUUCAACCCUGCUUAAGCAGAAGUGCAGUCCUAAAGCUGAAGUGGAAGAAACCAACAGGGUGGCGGAACCAACCAACAGCCAACCUGUGGAGGAGUCUGUGCAGCUUCUGGGCCAGUUUAAAGACUUCAUGGUUAAGUACAAGAAGGACUACAGCAGUCAGGAGGAGGCUGAACGGCGUUUACAGAUUUUCCAGGAGAACCUGAAGACAGCCGAGAAGCUCCAGGCUUUGGAUCAAGGUUCGGCUGAAUAUGGAGUGACCAAGUUCAGUGACCUGACUGAGGAGGAAUUUCGCUCCACAUACCUGAACCCCCUGCUGAGUCAGUGGACGCUCCACCGGGGAAUGAAACCAGCUCCUCCCGCCAAAACCCCCGCCCCUGACAGCUGGGACUGGAGGGACCAUGGAGCCGUCAGCCCUGUUAAGAACCAGGGGAUGUGUGGAUCUUGUUGGGCCUUUUCUGUCACAGGAAACAUCGAGGGUCAGUGGUUCCUGAAAAAUGGAACUUUGCUGUCGCUUUCUGAGCAAGAGCUGGUUGACUGUGACGGUUUGGACCAGGCAUGCCGGGGCGGGCUGCCGUCAAACGCCUAUGAGGCCAUAGAGAAGCUGGGUGGUCUGGAGAGCGAAACAGACUACUCCUACACAGGACACAAGCAGAAGUGCGACUUCACCAACAGGAAGGUGGCCGCCUACAUCAAUAGCUCUGUGGAGCUCCCCAAAGAUGAGAGGGAGAUCGCAGCUUGGCUGGCAGAGAAUGGACCCAUCUCUGUGGCUUUGAAUGCUUUUGCAAUGCAGUUCUAUAAAAAGGGCGUUUCUCACCCUUGGAAGAUCUUCUGCAACCCCUGGAUGAUCGACCACGCCGUUCUCCUAGUGGGAUAUGGAGAACGUAAUGGGAUCCCAUUCUGGGCCAUCAAGAACAGCUGGGGCGAGGAUUAUGGCGAGCAGGGUUACUAUUACCUGCAAAGAGGUUCCAACGCCUGUGGCAUCAACAGGAUGGGCUCAUCCGCUGUAAUCAACUAAACACAUUCAAAGCUACAGACGCAUUCCAACAUGGAGACGUGCUAACAUCACCGCUGCUGCUGCUGUUCUGCUCUAUCAUCUUUACAAAACACAUGAAGACUACAAUCCAAGACUCCGUUAAACAAAGUUGCACAAUUUAACUUCAGACCUCCUCUUCCUUGUCACUUUAUCCAGUGAAAACUCCAAUUCAUCAAGCUUUACAGUAUUCUUAAAACAAGCUUUGUGUGCAUGAUUCAUACCAGCAGGUUUCCUCCAGCAAUUUAUAGAGAUGCCGUGUAAAAAUGCAGUAUUGAGUGUAGUUCAUUUUCCACUUGCAGUGACUGAGCCCAAAGCUUGAAGCCUCUUCAGCUUAACUGGAAGUUCUUUGAAGUAUUAUUGUGUUCCUGAAAGACUAGUACUUUGGUUUUACUGGGGUCUACACAAUACUACACACCUGAAAUGCAAUUUUGACUGCUGUAAUGAUGAAUUAUGGGCAAAAACUAAAUAAAGAGAUUGGAACCAUUAA